AUGAUGGAAAGAGGAAGAUCAAAUUAUAGACGUAAUAAUGAAAAUAAUAAUUUUAGAGAAGGAAAUAUAAAAAAUGAAACAGGAGAUGAUAAUCAAUUUUGGACGAAUAUUGAUAAUUAUUAUUUUUGUAAUUUUGAUAAAAGCAUAAUAUCAGCAUUUGAAAAUCAUAUAAAAUGUACUGAUUAUAUUUGUAAUAAAAUUAAAAAGAGGAAGAUAAAUAAAAAAUUAUUUAAAAAUAUUAAUUGUUAUAAAAGUUCUGUAAAAAUAAAAUUAAAUGGGAAUGAUAAAAAUGAAAAUAAUAAUAAGAAGCUUUUGUGUGCAGCUACAGAUAUGCAAUAUGAAAAUAAUAUGAAUAAUAUGAAUAAUAUGAGUAAUAUGAAUAAUAUAAAUCAUAUGAAUAAUAUGAAUAAUAUAAAUCAUAUGAAUAAUAUGAAUAAUAUAAAUCAUAUGAAUAAUAUAAAUCUUAUGAAGAAUAAGAAUUAUAAUAUAUCAAAUAAUAAUAACAAAUGUAUUCAAAAUAAUAAUAUUCCAUGGGUUAUGAUUAAUAAUAAUCAAAACAUAAAUAAUAGUAAUAUAUAUACAAGAGAUACAGGAUUAGGUGUAGGAACAAAUAAACCAGAUGAUAGUUACAUGAAUAAUAUGAAUGAUAAAAUAUUAAAUAAUCAAAUUCAAAAUGUUAUAAAUUUUGAUGAAAAAAAAUCUAUUCUUGAAUUUAUGCCUAUGGCUAAAAAUGAAUUAUUAUUAAAUACAUUACAUCACUUAAAUUUAAGAAAUGAACAUCCUACAAAUCCUUUUCAGAAUAUGUAUAGAAAUCCUAAUUAUUUUAAUAAAGACGAAAAUAAUAUGUUUCUUAAAAAUCAAGGUCCUAUAAAUAAUGCAAAUAAUAAUAUUGUUCCAAAUAAUAACAACCUCAAUAAUUUGAAUACCCAUAUUAAUAAUCAGAUGAUACAAAAUAAUAAUAAACCUAUGCCUACAUCAUUGAAUGAUCUAGAUGCGCACACAACCAAUAAUAAUAAUAAUAAUAAUAAUAUUAAUAAUAAUAAUAAUAAUAAUAAUAAUAAUAAUAAUAAUAAUAAUAAUAAUAUAUUAAAUAAUAAUAAUAAUGAUCAUAAUAACAAUCCUGUGUGUGACACCCAUCAAAUAUCGGAUAAAAAUUUGGAAUGCUCACAAAAAGAAGAAUUAUAUAACAAGGAGGACAAUAAAAAAACAGAGGAACAUCAAGUUACUCUGAAGGAAGAAGAUAAAGACAUCCAUGUUAAUUCAAAUAAUGAAAAGACUACAGAUGAAGAAAAUAUGUCAGUAAAUGAUUUACAAAAAAAUACAAAUAACAAUGAAACCUCAAAUGAUACAACAUUAUUUAAAGAUGUAAAUGAUGAUAUUAAUAUUCUUAAGGAAGAAAAUAAAAUAAUAAACAUGUCUAAAAAUAAUGUCGAUAUAAUCAAUGAAGAUAAUGAAAAAGAAGAUGUUGUAGGUAAUAAAAUAAAUUCUAUUAAUUUGAUCAAUCCGAUGAUCCAAAAUGAUAAUGAACGAAUAAAUAAUGAGGACAAUAAAAAUAAAGAAAAUGUAAGUAUUCAAGAAAAUGAUGAUAAUAAUAAUAAUAUUAAUAUUAAUAUUAAUAGAGGGUGUGUAUUAAACAAAAGCCAAAAUAAUACAAACAAUAUAAACAAUAUAAACAAUAUUAAUCAUAUAAAUAAUAUAAACAAUAUAAACAAUAUUAAUCAUAUAAAUAAUAUAAACAAUAUAAACAAUAUAAAUAAUAUAAAAAAUAUUAAUAGUAUAAACAAUAUUAAUAGUAUAAAUAAUAUUAAUAGCAUAAACAAUAUUAAUAGUAUAAACAAUAUUAAUAGUAUAAACAAUAUUAAUAGUAUAAACAAUAUUAAUAAUAUGAAUAAUAUAAAUAAUAUAAACAAUAUAAACAAUAUAAACAAUAUUAAUCAUAUAAAUAAUAUAAAUAAUAUAAAUAAUAUGAACAACCUUAAUAAUUUUCAUCCUAACCACAAUGUACCUAAUAAUGAUAUGUUUAAACAGGCUCUAUUAUUUAACAAACAAAAUAUGAUGAACAUACAUCCAUAUCAUAUGAAUAAUAUGAAUCCUAAUGAACCUGCUUUUUUCAACAGUCAAAUAAAUAAUAACAAUAAAAAUUCAAUGCAAGGAUAUAUAAAUCCUAUGAAUCAUAAUAUUAUGAAUAUGUAUAAUUCAAUCAAUCCUAAUAUAAGAAAUGAUGUUAUGAAUAAACAUAUGAUGAUGACACCAAACAAUCUAAAUAUAAAUGAUAAAAAUAUAAUACCAGAUAUAGAUAAAAUAGGAUAUGCAUAUGCACCUAAUAAUAUGUUACCUUAUGAUAAUAUUUUAAUAAAUAAUCAACAUAGGGUUAAAGAUCCACAUGCAUUUAUGAGGAAAAGUCACGGUACUCACAUAAGGAAAUAUAAUGAAAAUGACAUAAAAGAUGAUAAUAAUAAAAAUAAUGACAACAACAAUAAUAAUAAUAAUAUAAACUGGGAUAAAUAUAAAAGAAGCACCAGAAGCUCAAAAUAUGAUGAUAAUUUCUUUAACCCUUUUUUAAAUAAGAAAUAUGAUGGCAUAGGGAAAUUGCCAUAUAUACAAAAUAAACCAAUACCAAACGGAUUGCAUAUUUCUAUUUAUAUUCCAAAAUCUUAUGAUUUUAUAGAUCAAAGUAAAGAUGAAGAUAUAAAACCAUAUGAACAAACAAUUAAAAAUAAUGAUAACGUUAAUACAAUAUGUGAUGACAUUAAAAAUACAGAUCAUAAUAUAGAUCAAGAAAAAGAUAGAAAAAGUGUAUCAUUUGAACAAGAAAAAUCAGAAUUAACCAGCAAUGAAGAAUAUAUAUAUGAAAGAGAAACAUUAGCUAGAUUAUUAACAGAAAUAACUUUUGGUGAUAAGAAAAAUUUAUUUAACCCUAAAAUGACUAGCGAGAAUAAAGAAAAAUGUUAUAAUACUAUAUUAAAUGAACUGAAAACAUAUAAAUCCUUACCAAUUAUUUUAGGUAAUAUUUUACCAUAUUGGAUAAAAGAUAAAAAUAUUAAAAAAAUUAAAAAAAAAAACAUAGAUAAGAUGAAGAAAAAAAAAGAAAGUAAUAAUUCCCAGAAAUAUCCAAAUUUAUUUUAUAAAAUAAAAAAUUUGAAAAGAAAUAAUGAUAAACUCAAAUAUAUACAUAUAAGUAAUAUUAAUAAAAAAUUAAAAAGAGCAAUGAUGAAUAAACAAAAUAAAAAUAAACAUAAAUAUGUUUUUGAGGAUGAACUUAAGGAUGUUCAUCAAAUAAAAAAUUUGAAAGAACAAAAUAAAGAUGAAUAUGAUAAACCAGAUCAUACACAGAAUAAUGAAUCUUCUGAAAAAUUAAAUGAUAAUAUCAAUAGCAAUAAAGAAAAUCCUCAAGAUGUAACUAUUACUCAAUUGAAUGAAAAAAAUGAGAAUAAAUAUGAUAUUGAUGGUAAUAAUAAUAUACCUAAGGUAGACAUAAAUAAUGAGAGUAAGGAAAACAAUUAUAAGAUUGAUAGGGAUAAUAAAAAUGAGGAUGAAAAUAAAGAAAAAAAUGAAAAUCAAGAGAGAAGUACGAACGAAUCAAAAGAUAUAGAUUCGUCUGAUGAACAUAUUGUUAUAAAUAAGAAUAAUAGUAUAGAAGAAAAAGAUAUAAUUUGUUCUGAUUAUAAUGAAAAAAUAACAUCAUCAAUUAAUAAUAAUAAUAAUAAUAAUAAUAAUAGUGAUAAUGAAAAAUUAUGUAGUGAGGAUGACCAUAUUAACAAUAUAAAAGGUAAUGAUAAUAUGAAAGAUGAAAAAAAAAAAAAUAUUUCUGACGAUGAAGAUAAAUGUGUUUAUUAUAAAGAAAAUGAAAAAAAGAAAUCAGCUUUAAAAAAGAAAAAACGAAAUAUUUCAAGUAAAUUUGAUUUUUUAAGUAAUUUCCAUUUUGAUAUGCCUUAUAAUAGUAGUGUGCCAUUUAGUAAUUCCACAUUUUCCUUACAAAGAAAUCAAUAUAAAUCUUGUGUUUACUUUGAAUUUGUAUUAACAAAUAUUAACUUGGACAAAUACAGAACAGAUAUUCUUAAUGUUAAUUAUAAUAAUAAUAAUACAAUUACAAAAAAGAAGAAAAUAUAUUGUAUUAACUUUAAAAAAUAUUAUAAAAGUUUACAAAGAAAAAGAAAAUAUGUAAGCUCAACGAAUAAUCUAAUGAAUUCAAACACAGACAAUAUUAAUAAUUUAAAUAGUGAAAUGAAGAAAAGUUCUUUUGUAUACAAUAAUAAGAUAAAAAGUGAUAGUAUAAUAUCAUCAUUGGAUAUAAAUAAAAAUUUAUAUAGCAAUAAAAUAAAGUCGAAAAGGAAGAAGAAGAAGAAUAAAAAAAAUAAAAAAAAUAUAUUAAUAAAAAAGAAAAAGUAUAUGGAACAAUUAAACGGAAUUCUAAAUAUUAAUAGUAUGAAUAAUAUAAGUGAAGCUAAUAUGCAGAAUUAUGAAAAUAUUGAAAAUAUUAACAAAGAAAUUUUUGUAUUAUUUUCUCGUUAUGUACAUAAUAUUAAACAACAAAAAAAAAUUAUAGGUAAAUUAAUAGGUAAUAUUAAAAGUGAAAAAAAGAAACCAUAUAAAUAUUGGUAUUCUAUUGAAGAUAAAAUGAUUAAUUUUUAUAUAAAUGAAUAUUUAAAAAAUAAAUUAAAUACUAAACAUACAUAUACCAUAUCAAAACAAAUUGUAGAUCUUUUAAAAUUAAGAUUAUUAAUUAAUCAUAGUUCUCAUUUGCCAAAUAGCUGGACUGAAAAAGCCUUAUGUAAUGUUUGUAAUAUUGGUGAGGACUGGGAAGAUAAUCCUAUCGUUUUUUGUGAUUGUUGUUAUACUCCUAUGCAUUCAUUUUGUAGUGGUUCAAAAAAUAUUAAGAAUUAUAAUUCAAAUAAAAAAGCAUCCACAGAUGAUGAAGUUGAUGAGCAACAAAAAAAACUAAAAGCAGAAAAAGAAAAAGAUAACAAUAAAGAUAAAAAUCAUAAUAAUAACAACCAUAUAAAUCCUCAUGUUAAAAAUCAUAAUAGUUUUAUAAAAGAUUCUUAUAAUCAAGAUCAUCGUCAUGGUAAUAAAAAAAAAAAAGAUGACAAAAGUAAUAAUAAAACUAAUCACAAAAAGAAAAAUAAAAAAUCUAUGACACCUAAAAUGAAUAUAAAUAUAAUGGAAUAUCUAAUGUCAGAUAAUUAUGUUAAUAUUAAUUCGCCACAAAGUUCUUUUAAUACAGUACCACUAAAAAAUGAAUUACAAGAAUAUACAACUAACAAGUAUCAUUCAAAUAAUGAGGCUCCAAAAAAACACAAUAGUAAUGAAAAUUUAAAUAUCAAUCAUAAUAAUUAUAAAAAGGAAAAUGAUUCAGAUAGUAAUAAAUGUGAUACAAAUAAUUUAGUGUUACCAUAUUAUAAGUCCUCAAAAUCAGAUGAUAAUACAAAUAAUAAUAAUAAAAUCAUACAUGAUAAUAAUGAUAAUAAUGAUAAUAAUGAUAAUAAUCACAAUAAUGAUGAUAAUAUACAUAAUAAUAGCAGCGCUAGUUUUAUGAAUUCAAUCAAUAACCCAGAAACGAUUCACAACAACAACGACAUACCUCAGGGAGAUGUAAAUGAAAAUAUUGAAAAAGAUAAAUUAAAUAUUGAAGAAAAUAAACCAAAUAGCCAAGAGACAGGUAAAUCAAUAAAAACUCAUAAUGCAACUGGUAAAAAAGAAACUAAAGGACCUAUAGAAAAAAAGGAUACCAGCAUGUCAUCUAAAAAUAAUAAAAAUAAAGAAUUACAUGACAAAAAUGUAGAUGAAGAACAAUGGAUAUGUCCCUUGUGUUCCUAUUUAAGAAGUCAGAUUUACUUUAUUGACGAUGCUAAUGCCUUUAAAAUUAUAAGGCGCUUAAGUUGUCCAAGAAAAAAAAAAGAUAUAGACCUUUUAUUUAAAUCGACAACGAAUGAAUACAAUAUCAAAACGAACAACAACAGCAACAACAACAACAACAACAAUAAUAAUAAUAAUAAUAGUAAUAGUAAUAGUUGUAGUAAUAAUAUUGUUGAAGAUUUAAAAAGGGAAAUGAAGUCUUUUAAUGCCGCUGAAGAAAUUAUUGUAAAUAAAGAAAUAUUAAAAUUAUUAUAUAAACGAAAAAGUAUUGUUUUAUUAUUUGAUACACAAAAUGAUAUACAAUAUUAUAAAGAAACAUAUAAUAUCGAAAUAAAUGAUGCUCAAGAUUUUUUUGAAAAAAUUGUUCUUAAGAAUAAAGAUAAUUAUAAAUAUAUUACACUCUUCAAUUCUAUUGUUGUUAAUAAAAUAGAUUGUGCAUUGAACAUGUAUGAAUAUAUUUAUAGCAAUUUUCAAUUCUUUAGACAAGAAACCAUUUCUAUUAAUGAAUAUGUAGAUGAUUCAGAUGAUGAAUCAGAAAAAGAAGAGACCAAUACUACUGUAAAUGUAAAAAGUGACAAGAAAAAAAAAGAUUUCGAUAAAAGUAUUAAAAUGACAAAAGAAGAAAAAAUUGAUAGACGUACAAAGUUGUAUAGAUUAUUACAAAGUAAAUUACAUAAAAAAGAAGAUAGAAGAAGAAAAAAAUUUAGAAAUAGAAAUAAACUUAAUAUAAAUAAGGAUAUUAAUAAAAAUUCGGUUCCCAAUAUACAAGUAGAAAUAAAAAGAAGAGGUAGACCACCUGGAAGUACAAAAUUAAGUAAAUUAAUGUUACAAAAUAAUUUUCCUAUAAAAAGUGAUAAUAUAACAAAUGAUAAUACAUCUAAUAAGAAUAUAACAAAUAAUGAUGUAACAACUAAUAUUUUACCAAAUGAUAAUAUUAUAAAAGAUAAUAUUACAAAUGAUAAUAAUACAAAUGAUAAUAAUACAAAUAAUAAUAUUACAAAUGAUAAUAUUACAAAUGAUAAUAUUACAAAUGAUAAUAAUACAAAUGAUAAUAUUACAAAUGAUAAUAUUACAAAUGAUAAUAUUACAAAUGAUAAUAAUACAAAUGAUAAUAAUACAAAUGAUAAUAUAAAUAAUGCUAUUCACAAAUCGGAUAUUUAUACAAAUGACAGUCAAAUAUAUAACAAUACAAGCACACAAAAUAAUACUACUACAAAUAAUAGUGCUACAAAUAUUGCAGCUACAAGUACUGAUUCUGCAAAUACUGCUUCGACAAAUAUUACAGCUACAAAUAUUACUACCACAAAUACUACUGAUAAUAAUAAUAAUAAUAGUAAUAGUAAUAGUAAUUGUAAUAAUAUUCUUGCUAAUUAUAGUGCUUUAAUAAAAUGUGAACAAAAUAACAACAUUACAGACAAUAAACCCAUAUACGGAAUGAAAAAGAAAAAAAGCUCAGAUUAUAAUAAUUGUCUAGAAUCCAAAUUUAAUUCUAAUUAUUUUUCUAUUCAUAAUGAAACAAAAUUAAGAAAUCAUAUCUUUAGUACAUAUAAUGACGAAUUCGAAGAAAAUAAUUUAAUGUUAAAAUAUAAUCAUAAUAUGAACUGCUCAUUUGUUUUUAAAAUACCCACUUGUUGUAUAUGUGAAUUUGAUGCUUUUUAUAUAGGUGGUGGUCCUAUAAAACGAACAAAAAAGAAAAAUGAGUGGUGUCAUAUUAGGUGUGCUUUAAUAAGUAAUUGUAUUAUUAAUAAUAAGAUUGAAAUAAAUAAUAAAGAAAAAACAAAAUAUAAAUGUUCCUUAUGUUUAAGAACAAAUACUACAGGUAUUAUUAAAUGUAAUGUUCCUGAUUGUUAUAAAUAUUACCAUAUUUCUUGUGCUACAUCAUCACCUAAAUAUUUAAUAGAAUUGAAUGAUGAAAAUAAAUUAAUUUUAUUUUGUUCAAAUCAUUCUCAAAGAAAAGCUCCUACAGAAAUAUUAAGAAGAUAUCAAAUUUUACGAGAAAAAGAAUAUAAUAAAAAUAAAUUAGAAGAUAAAUUAAAUAUUUCUAAAAUGUUUGAUGCUUAUUUACUACAAUCAUAUUUAAAAGUAUGUGAUUUUAAAUUGUUCAAUUUAUUAUCUUUAUCAUCCUUAUCUGUAUUUGACGAAUUUGUUCACUUUAAUUAUGAUAAAUUUAAUGAACAUGUAAAAAAAUAUAAUAUUAAUCUUAUGGACGAUUUUAAUAAUGAUAUUUAUCAAAAUGCUGAUCAUAAUCCAUUUUUAAAAGAGGCAAGUAAUAUGUUUAAUAAUACAAUGGAAGUAACAAAGGUUGGAAGACCCAGGAGGAGAAGUUCGAACGUUCGUAAUUUUAUGAAACGAGAUCAAAAAGUUGACAAAGUAGAUGAUAAGAUGGAUGACAAAGUAGAUGAUAAGAUGGAUGACAAAGUAGAUGAUAAGAUGGACGACAAAGUAGAUGAUAAGAUGGAUGACAAAAUAGAUGACAGAAUGUAUGAUAACGAGCUGACGUCAAAAGAACAUUCACCAAUACAAAUAUACCCAUUAAGUGACAUAAACCAAAAGGACGAAAAAAUUGAAGAAUCAGAAAAUGAUUAUGAAGGAGAAAAGAAAUUUCUAGAACUAGAAAACAGCAAUAGAAAGAAAAACAUACAAAUUGAUAUAUUCGAUAUAGAAAAUAUAAAUAAAAUUAGUAAUAUAAAAUGUAAUAAUAUUAUAAGUAUAGGUAAUUUCAAAAAUAUAUAUAAUGAAAAUUUAUUAGAUGAAGAUACAUUAUUAAAAUUAUUGUCAUAUGAUUUCUUAAAUAUACAAAAAGAUAUACAAGAAUUUAAUAGUAAUAUAUUAAGUGAUAAAUAUAAAAAAUUAAAAAAUUUUGAAAAUAUUUUAUGUUUAUAUCCAUAUUUUAAUGAUUAUCAAUUAAGAAAAUUAUCAGAAUUAAUAUUAGAAAAAAAUUCUUCUACUAUAUGUAAAAUUAAUAAGGAUGAUGAUAAUACAUUCAUUUCAUCUUUUAGUAAAUUUUUAUCCUUAUUAAAUAAUAAAGAUUUAAUGUUAUGUAGUGUAUGCUUAUCUAAAGCAAGUUAUUCUGAUAAAAAUAAAGAAGAAAAAAAAUCAACAGAAGAAAAAGUUGAAUUAUCAACUGUAGAAAAUAAUAAUUUAUCUAAUAGCCAAAUGACUCUCAAAUUAAGAAAAUUAGCUUAUGCUAAUAAUAUAAAAGAAAGUUUAGAAACAAAAAAAGAAAGAAGAUUAGGAUCAUUAAGUGUUUUAAAAAAAUGUACUAUGUGUAAUGUAUAUAUAUGUUAUUUCUGUUGUCACAGAAUGAACAUAGAUAUAAUGAAAAAUUAUUUAAAUAAUAAUAUAAAAUUAUAUAAUACAUUUAGUGCAUACAAUAAUAAUAUUAAUAAAAAUAAUCAAGAUAAAAAUCCAUUCCGUGUUAAGAGGGUAGGUAGGCCAAGUAAAUAUCGACCACCAGUAGAGCCACCUCCUAACCCUGAUAAUAUAAAUGAUAAUAAUAAUAAUAAUAGUAGUAGUAAUAAUAAUAAUAAUAAUAAUGGUGACAAUAAACCAAAUGUUUCUCAAGAAAAUACUACUAAUAAUAAUUUAAAUACAAACAACACAACCAAUAAUAAUUAUUCUAAUGCAUCAAAUGAACAACAUAGUAGUAAUAAUAAUCAAAAUGAAGAUGAAAAUAUAAAAAAAAAUAAUAAUGAAAAUAUUCUGAACGAUCAUAAAAGUGUUCAAAUUAAUGAGAAUAUUAAAGAACAAUCUAACAUUGAUAACAAUCAUAAUAAUGCUUGUAGCAAAAAUAACGAUAUCCAUUUAAAUCAUAAUAUAAAUCAUAAUAAUGAAAAGAAUAUUCUAGAAAAUAAUCAUAUUUGUAAAACUAAAAGAACUAGUGGAGGUAUUUAUAAAAAAUCUAUCGAUUCAAGUAAUUUUUUAAAUUGUGAUAAAAAAGAAAAUGAUAAUGAAUUUGUUUGUCCUAGAUGUGAAUAUUUCAAAGUAAAAAAAAAAAUAGGUUUUUGUUCUUAUUGUCCUAGAUUAGAUGGAUUUUUAAAUUGUUUUGAAGAUAAAGGAAAAAAAGAAUUAUUAUUUGGUCAUCCUAAAUGUAUAGAAUAUGUGAAUACUGCAUAUGCUAAAAAAAAUAGUGUUAAUGAUGUUAAAUCUGGAUAUAAUAAAAGAAUAUGUAGUUAUUGCAGAAUAAAACAUGGAGUUGUUAUUACAUGUAGUAAUACCGAUUGUGAUGUAUCUUUUCAUAUAUCUUGUGGUAUUUUGCUAGGUUGUAAGAUGGAUAACUUUUUUGGUCGAGUUGAUAUUUAUAAUCCAAAAAAAGCAUAUUGUUUUAAACAUACAUUUCAAUAUUGUAAGAAAAGUAAUUUCAUAAAUUUUAUUAAUGCAAAUAAAUUAUUUUGUUUUGAAAACUUUUUAUAUAAUCCAUUUAAUCAUUUAUAUAAUUUCUUAAUUGGUACAUAUGUAUUUAACCACUUAAAUAAAAAAUGCUCUAUUUAUUUAAUGAGACCAAUUAAAAUUGAAGAACAAACAUUUACAAAUAUAUUUGAAAAGGCACAAUUAAAUAUAUUGAAAAAAAAUACGAAUUUACUAACACAUGAUAUGAGACGAUCACCUAAAGGUAGUAAUAAAUACAAUAUUGAUAAUAGAAAGAAAAUGAGCCUAACCACUAAUAUGGGUGAUAAUAAAAAUUUCUUGGAUCCCUCUUCUUUAUAUAAUAAUGAUAGUAGUAAUAAUAAUAUACAUAAAUAUAUAAAAUUAUCAAAUGAAGAUGAUAAUUCAAGAACACCAUCUAAUACAUUGGCUAACAUGCCAUUCGAUAUGCAACAUCAUGAUAAUAUUAAUAAUUUAUAUAAUAUUAAUAAUGUACAUCCUAAUUUUGUCAACAAAUUUAAUAACAAUCCAUUAUUUUUAACGAACAAAAAUAAUAUGCUUAAUACAAAUAAUCCAUUAUUUAAUUUAGAUCAUGAACACAAUAAACAAUCAUUUAUGAAUACUAAUAAUAAAAAUAAUGUGUCAUUUAAAAAUAAUAAUAAAAUUUUUGUUGAUGAUAAUUUAACAGAAAGUGCUGUUUCUAUUUUGUCAGAAAAUGAAACAGAAGAACUUAAAUCAUUUCAAAAUGUAUCCCUUAUCAAUUCAAGAAGUAAUACAUAUAUUAAUAAUAUUAUACAAAAUAGUUUUAUGCAAUAUGUCAAAAAAUUCCAAGCAAAUAAUAAUAACCAUAUACCACAAUCUUUUAAUAAUAAUAAUAAUCCAAUCCCUAAUAAUUUUAUUCCUAUGUAUAAUAUGUUCAAUUUUCCAAAUCCUCAAUUUCAAAACAUGCAAAAUAUGCAAAAUAUGCAAAACAUGCAAAAUAUUCAGAAUAUACCAAAUGCUCAAAACAAUAUUAUGAAUAAAAAUGCAAAAUUCAAUUUUAUAGAAAAUAAGAGGAAAAAAUAUCUAUAUAAAGAUAAAAAUUUAGAGAACACUAGAAAAAAUGCACUCAGUGAAGGAAAUAUUUUAAUAAAUGUAGAUAAUGAAAAAUUACAAAAAGUAGAUGGAAGGAAAAAAAGAAGAUAUCGUAAAAGUAAAAAUGCACAAAGUAUUAAUACUGGAGAGUUAACUACAUUGACCAAUUCGAAUUCAUUAAGUAUAAAUAAUAUGGAUAAAUUGAAUAAAGAUAAUAUAUCAUCUAAUAUAAGUAAUAACCUCAAUCCAUUUGUUAAAAAUAAUAUUAUUGAUGAAAAAAAUAUUAAUGUUAAAAAUAAUUUUUUCAAUCAUAGUAAUAGUAAUACUAAUAUCUUAAAAGAAGAAAGUAAAGUUAAUAUUAAAAAAUGUCUUGAUACUGUUGAUGAAGACCAAAUAUAUUGUCCAGUAUGUAAAUCUUAUUAUGAAGAAUUAAGUGAUGGUUCGCCAGCGGACGGUUUGAAUUGGAUUGGAUGUGAUAAAUGUGAAAAAUGGUAUCAUUGGAUAUGUUGUAAAUAUUCUGUUGACAAUCCACCAGAUAUUGAAAAUGACUGGUAUUGUAAUAGUUGUUUGAAUAGUUAA